CUUGAUCGAUAGUCACGUACUUAUGAUGUGCAGGCUGUUUCCUCCUUUGAUUUUAUAGAUUUACAUAACAUUUAUGAUAACGUUAUAAAAUCGAAAUGAUUGGGAUGUAUAGAAGUCGGAUCGCUUACGAUCAGAAUUCCGAUGGUUCUGUAAAUAUCAUGUUCACACGAUCAAAGGGGAAAAAGUUGAAACGAUGGGUAUCGUUUCAAAACAAGACGAAUUUCACGAAGUCUUGUAUCUACACGUGCGGUCUAAUUGUAACCGGAUUACUAUGCAUACUGCUUGGAAAUGGCUUCAUUAGAACACUGGUCAACAGUUUCGAAAUUAUGGACAUAAACGAAUCUGGUUCAGAACAUCGCAGAGAAAUGUCUCAAUGGCCAAAUAUGCCAAACCUUGGACUGAAGGACGACGAUGUACUGAAAGCUGCAGCAGAUAACACGCAGAAGGAGACAGUUUCAAUAAUAUAUACUGAGAAACCGAAUGCAUUUAGAGAGGAACGGCACGAAAACACAAAUGGACAUUCUGAAAAUGACAUACCGAAGGGCUUUAAGGAACAACAAAAAGACCAAAGAAAUGAAUAUGAUAACAAAGGUGUACCGCAGUUUUUCCUUGAGGAGCUGAAAGAGGCUACAACGGAUUACCUUGACCCUAUGGGAACCUGCGCUCCUACAACAUUUCGGCCUCAGGGAUGGUGGCGCAAGCUCUUUGCUAUCAAGAAGAGAAACUAACAAUUCAGUUGGCUUUCGAUCAUCUGAAAUAUUUUUCAAAGAGGAUGAACAAUUUGUUAACAUACCAAGCGGAAUAAUAUUAUAGAUUGAUAUUUCCGGUUGAUUUCAUGCACAAUAAAAAGUUCAUACACU